AUGAAAGAUAACUCCAAGGUUGGUUGUCCAAACCGAAAGUUCUCUCGCUUAAUCAGUUAUCAAAGAAAAAGAAAAAUAAAGAGUUCUAUGCAGUUUAUCUCUACACUCUUCUUCCUAAUCCUACUUGUUGUCGGACCAGGUGUGAUGAAGAUGGUUGAAGGACAACCCCAAAUGUGCAAAACCAAAAGCAUCAACUUCACUGGAUUUUGCGAGAAAUGGAAAACUUGCAGGCGAGUGUGUAUGAGUGAAGGUUUCCCUGAUGAUAAAUGCACAGGAUUCGUUGACAGGAAAUGUUACUGCUUGAAGCCUUGUGCUAUGUAAUUCUACCUAAACAAAAUAUUAUACUGUUAUAAAUAUUUUAAUUUAUUUGUUCAAAAGAAAAA